CCGACUCACUACGCAUCCCAACUCAGACAUGGGCCUGUCCAUAUGGGUUAUAUUUUCAGCCCACAUCCCAACUCAGCUACGCAAUUAUCAAACACUGGUUUACCAAUUACAACCCCGAGUGCUAGCAUCCCAAGUUUUAGAAUCAAUCAAACAAACCUCAGUACCAAGAACCCUAUGCCUUGACAAACCCUAACGUUGAUUUAAAUCGUUUGUUCGCACUUCAAUCUCCAAGUCAUAAAUACACUCUUCUCUCCCCAUUCACUCGCAUUGGCUUUUGGUAGUUGAAGUCUUUCAUUGUUGUCAAAUUCAGAUCAGUCUUGAAAACUUUCAUUCCGCCACCAGCAUUCUUUAUCUUGGUCCAAAACCUUUUAAUUCACUCAGGACUACUCAGGCAAGUGAUAGCAGCUCUGGGCUUCGAGGGCUAGAAUCCUCCGAAGAAUUCAAGAGAAGAGGGAAACAAUUGAGAGAAAAGCAUAAUCCUAACAGAAAGGAAUCUACGGCACUAAUGGCAGACAAAGCUAAGGGAAUGGCCAGCUCAGCGCAUCACACGAAAUCCUUUAGUCCAUCUGCAGUUUAGUUUGUUCCCGGUGGGGCAAUUCACACGCUACCCAUGAAUCCCAUUUUGAUUUGCUUGUUGGAGGCGGAGAAUUGAGAAGAAAAUGAGAGCAGUGUCCCUUUGGCUUCGGCGCAAACACCAAUUGUCGUUGGCAUUGGCAUUUCGCAGAUUCUCGACAUCUAAUUCGAAGGUGAAAAUCUUUGAUCGCGAGUUGAAGCGCACACAACGUGACCGAGCCGCAUGGUUGACUCCCUCACACGACCCUCUUCUUCACACCGUCGCUCAAAAUCUCUUGGACCGCUUGCAGGACUGUAAGAAGACUUUUCCAACUGCGCUAUGCUUAGGAGGCUCAUUACAACCUAUCACGCGCUCUCUUUCUGUUCCUCCUGCCCCAGGUGGCGUGGAAAAGCUUAUUGUCAUGGAUGCCUCCUAUGAUAUGCUUCAAGCCUGUAAAAAUGCUCACCACAAUGCCACCGUUGAGACCCACUUUCUUGUUGCUGACGAAGAGUUUCUUCCUAUCAAAGAAAGCUCUGUGGAUUUGGUUGUUAGUUGCUUGGGACUACACUGGACUAAUGAUCUGCCUGGAGCAAUGAUACAGUCUAGAUUGGCAUUGAAGCCUGAUGGCUUAUUUUUAGCAGCUAUUCUUGGUGGAGAAACAUUAAAGGAGCUCAGAAUAGCUUGUACGUUGGCACAAAUGGAGCGUGAAGGAGGGAUCAGUCCCCGAGUAUCACCUUUGGCACAGGUUCGAGAUGCUGGGAAUCUUUUGACUAGGGCAGGUUUCACCCUUCCAGGUGUUGAUGUUGAUGAUUAUGUAGUUAAAUAUGAAAGUGCUCUGGAGCUUAUAGAACAUCUCCGUGCAAUGGGUGAAACAAAUGCUCUUUAUCAAAUGAACAAUAUCCUAAAGAGGGACACAGCGUUAGCAACUGCAGCUAUUUAUGAUUCAAUGUUUUCUGCAGAAGACGGCACUGUACCUGCAACAUUCCAGGUUAUAUACAUGACGGGGUGGAGAGAACAUCCUUCUCAGCAGAAAGCAAAAAGAAGGGGAUCAGCCACUAUAUCUUUCAACGAUAUUCAGAAGCAAUUUGGAAGCCAAAAUUGAUUGUCCUUCCCCUUAUUUUUCACUCUGCAUAUUUUAGUUUAAUUAAUAUACUUGGCGCAUUGUAUGUGUGGGUACACUCUUAAAUGGUUGACUUCAUGUAAAAUAUGAGUUUGACAUUAUGAAAUAUUAUUUUCUUUUGAUUUAAUUACUAUAUAGUUUAGAUACUAAGAAAUAGAAAUGUGUCCCAAUGGAUUUACAGACA